AUGGUCGUCAUUGGGGGCUGUCUGUCACCUUGCCUGGUAACUGCGCCAUACUUGCCACGCCUCUCUGCCAUGCCUCUCUGCCACGCCUCUCUGCCACGCCUCUCUGCCAUGCCUGUCUGCCAUGCCUCUCUGCCACGCCUCUCUGCCACGCCUCUCUGCCACGCCUCUCUGCCACGCCUCUCUGCCAUGCCUGUCUGCCAUGCCUCUCUGCCACGCCUCUCUGCCACGCCUCUCUGCCACGCCUCUCUGCCACGCCUCUCUGCCACGCCUCUCUGCCACGCCUCUCUGCCACGCCUCUCUGCCACGCCUCUCUGCCACGCCUCUCUGCCACGCCUCUCUGCCAUGCCUGUCUGCCAUGCCUGUGUCUGCCAUGCCUGUCUGCCAUGCCUGUCUGCCAUGCCUGUGUCUGCCAUGCCUGUGUCUCUGGGGGAGAUCCUGGGCGGCAGUGGGGAGAGCAUAGACUGGCGGCGCACCUUCUAUCUGAACCUCAUCUGCCACACCGACUACUCGCUCACCAUCGCCGUCUGCAGUCGCACGGCCCUGGAGAACCAGAAGCGGUCAGGACGAGCCGUGCCGCCCAUAAUGAAGGACCCAGAGGUGACAGAGGCGUAUCCCAACAUCUGCUUCGCCAUUGACUCCUCUGACCGCGCCUUUGAGUCCGUGGUGCUGAGGGGCAGCUACCUUCCCCACAGGGGGGCAGCCUUCCCCGCCCAGGACACCGUGCUGAGGGGCAGCGACCACUGCUUCUGUGUGCUGCUGAGCGCGCACAGGGGGGCGGCCUUCCCCGCGCAGGACACCGUCGAGAAGACCCUCGCGGACGGCCAGCGCCGUGUGCUGCAGCGCGGCACCAGCAGCGAGGCUAAAGUGCUGGGAGAGGCGUCAGGAGACGGGCCCAAGAAGACCCUCGCGGAUGGGCAGCGCCGCGUGCUGCAGCGCGGCACAAGCAGUGAAGCGAAAGUGCUGGGGGAGGCAGGGGACGGGCCCAAGCACGUCCGCCAUGCCACCUCACAGAACCGUUUCCCACCACCCUCCGCUCCACUUCCAACCCCCCUCCCCCCAGCAGGUCUCUUCUCCAUGUGGGGUUCUGCCUCCCCCUCCCCCAUGAAACCAGCGGGGCUGGUUCUCCGCGGCCCAGGGGGUAAGGGAGCCGCCAACCUCGCAGUCUGCCCCCUCCCCCUCCCCCCACUCCCCCCCAAGCCCCCUCUCUCCCCCCGCCCACCCCUCGCACCCAAACCCCCUCUCUCCCCACGCCACCCCUCUCGGACCCACCCUUCUCGCCCUUCCCACUCUUCUCACUCUCAACCUUCCUCCCGGUUCCAGCUCCCACCAUCCCAACAGCCUCUUUCCCCCUCCGCCCGCUCCCAACAGCCCCCUUCUUCCCUCUCCUCGCCCACCCAUCCCAACUCCCCCCCACAGCAACAAUCACCCACCCACCCCUCCCACCUGUCUCCAACCAGCCCUCCCCAGCCAUCACCCACCAGCCCAUUACCCUCAAACCGCUCCCAACCGCCCAAUAGCCCUCCAAACUCCAAUCACUCACCAUCAGCGAAUAGCCCAUCUUCAUCCAGCAAUCCUCUGCAAUCCGGCCGUCCAUCCAGCCUCUCGGUGCAAUCCGGCCGUCCAUCCGGCGUGCCGGUGCAAUCCGGCCGUCCAUCGAAGCCGUUGCACCGGCGCAUGCCAUCGCUGCAGGAGCUGCAGAGCAAGCUGUGGGCCGUGCAGGCAGAGCUCAUGGACCUCCUCGAAUUAGAGGCUCAAUCCGCUGCCACCACUGUCGCCGCCGCUGCCACCGCCGCCGCUGCUGUUGCUGUUUCUGCCACUGCUCCUGCUGAUGGUGGUGGUGGUGGUGUGGUCAAAGUGGCAAGUGCGGAUCGUGCUCGCACUGCUGCUGCUGCUGCUGCUGCUGCUGCGGCCACUGUCGCUGCUUGUCGAGAUGGUGACGAUGGGGACAGCAUGAUGCAAGUGGAGGAGGGCAGCCUCUCAGCAGAACGGGAUUCCGCCAGCCUUGAUCCUGCUGCCUCUGCUGCUGCUGCUCCUGCAGCUGCUGAUGCUGCUGAUGCUGAUGCUGACGGCAUGCAGACAGAAGGAUGCGAAGCAGAUUCAGCAGCAAUGGCAGCACCAUCACCCACUCCCUCACCACCCCUCCCCGUUCCUGCUCCCCCUCCCGCCUCCCACUCUCCACCCUCCCCAUCUCCACCCUCUCCCUCCCCAACCACUCCCCUCCCCCCCGCACGCACCUUCCAGCAGCAACUCCCCUCCUCCCUUCCCCCAGCCAAGCCCGCAAAGGAGGAAGCACGGAGGCUGCGGCUGCUGGAGCUACAGGGGGAGCUAAGGCUGGUGCAGGAGCAGCUGCAGAUGCUGCAGUCCCAGAGCAAGGGCAAGCGCCCGCACCCCUCCGAUCACCACCACCGGCAGCGGCCCCCGCCGUCCCGAUCCAUGCAGGCCUCUCGGGGCAAAGCGAGAGGCAGUGGCAACACUGGUGGGGACGGAGGAGGGUGUGGGGAAGGAGAGGAAAGGGGGCUUGAGGGCAGUGAGAGCAGUGGCGGGUCGUCGAGGCUCUUGCAGCGGCCAGUAGUGGCUUCCCCGCCAGUAGUGGCCGCCCCUAGAAGAGCCAUGGUGCACCAGGAUGGAGACAGCCCCACUGCCAGACACCCACAUGGCCACACUGCUUCAGGUGGAUCCUCAGGAGAAUCACCUGAAGGUUCACCUGGUGCCCGUGGCUCAGGUGGUAGCAGCAGAGCAGGGAGCAGCAGGGCAGGUGGCAGCAGCCGUUCCCCUGGAACUGCUGGUGCUGGUGGUGGCAGUGCGGGUGGUCUUGCUGCAUCGUUGCUGCAAGGAGGGAUCGGUAGAGCAGCAGGAGGAGUGGUGAGAGAGGAGCCUCUGCGGUGCUGCCUGGCUUCCCUCUCCCUGCCCUGGGAGUCACUCGCCUUUGACCUCCUCUUCAAGGAAAUGCCAGUCAAGGUGGACAUUGGUGGUCGUAUAUUCCCCCCUCCUCGAAAUCCUCCCAGCGCAGAAGACUUUUGA